AUGGACGAGAAUUACAACCCAGAGUCCUGUACACCUCUAGAUUACAAGAUGCCGGCAAUGCCAGUUCGGGUGGCCUUAGCGAGCUGCGUGGAGUUCAGCGCAGCCGUGCAUGCACGCUCGCGCCUGCUGUGGGAAUGGCGCCAAAAUUACGGGCGGUUGGUACGAGACCGCGAGGGGUGCCCGGACAGCUGCUAUUUUGAGAAGCUAUCCAUCCACAAGAAGCGGGCGAAGAAAGCCAAGAACCGCCUCGGUAUCCAGAGAAAUAGCAGAAAAGGCAUCCCAUGA